UUCGUACGCCAGCAAACGCUCAGUUCGAAUGUAGCCGCGGUUUGUACCAGUAGCCGCGCGCACUGUGUUAAGAAACGCACGGAUCAUCAGCCGCGAACAGUACUGCACACGCGCGCACCGUCUCCCCUUCUCGCUGUCUUAGAUUUGUUGUCGUGUGUGAAAGUGAACGUUUGCCGCUACACGAGGGGAAGCGAAAACUGCCCGCAGGAAUAGAAGAUACGCUUGCAGUGUUUGGCUGGUUAGGGAUUUUUGUUUCCUGUUUAUUUCGUUUUGUUGCUGCUCAGUGCCGUCCUUGGAUCAUUUUCCCGACCAAUUUUCCUCCACCGCCUGCGGGACCUGCGAGCAGUAAUAUGCACCGAUAGAGAGUGGCGCUCAAACAUUAGCGAUCGCCGCUGGUUGGCAGAGCUUCUGCUACUGAUUAGUGUGUUUUCCUGUUUAUAAAUAUUUUGAGUGCUCGUUCAUCGCGUGGUUCGAGGUGGUGGGCACUGGACGCAGCUGGAAAAUCCGGUUCGCCAGUACGUCGCGGUACGCGUUUUUCCCCGAGGAGCAGAAAUUACGGAUCCCCUUCCCCGUAUGGAAGGAGUGUAGAGAGUGCCGGGACGCACGGGAAGACGAACCUCCGCUGCGAAAAACCAGACCCGAAAUUAACUCGCGUGAAAAAGGGCAACCGUGUGUGUGAAAACGCUUACCGUGUCUGGUGUGCCAAAACGGUCGGUGUGUGUGUGUGUUUGCGUGUGUCGUGAGCGGGAGUAGUAGACCAUCUUAGACACUCUACAGCGGUUUGCCGAGUGUGUCAUCACUGUCGGAAGAGUAUCGCGUAACCCCCUUCGAAACGGAGCAAUCGUGAUCGCAAUCCCUCUAGAAGGAAGGUGGUGGUAGAGAAGAAGAACGUCGGCGCAACCAGCAGUAGGCAGUAACUUGAUCUUUUGGCGGUUUGUCCUAGAACCGGCGGAAUAGCAGGAAGGAAAAACGAAGCUGAGUGCAUCUUCGCCUUCGUCCAGAUAAAUUCAUGCCAAAUCAGAUCAAUGCUCCAAAGGAUAAAUCGAACAACAUCUUCCCCGCUCAGUGCAAAACCGAACCCUCGAGCUGGCCCUAAUUGCCCAAUUGUCAGUUAUCUGUUAUGACCGUUGCCUGUUUUAUACGUUGCUAAUGAGUAUAUCAAACCGCUCUGUCCGCAAAAGUAGUCAGUGUGUUGUUUUGUUAAGUAUCAAUUAGAAAUCGUUAAACGUAAUAGUGCAUACAUCUUCAUCCCAAACGAACGAGCCGCUUGGAGCAGCUCUUUAAGUUUGCAAAAGGUACUCACAGUGAGUGAGUGAGUGUGUGUGUGUUUUGUUUUACGGCCAGAGAGUUUUUUUUCAAAGGCAGCAAAAUGUUCAAUCGACUACGAAUGCGAAAGGAAAAGCCUUCGAAAUCGGAGACAAUCUCCACGACCAACACCACCGUCAUACAGGAUGCAGCGAAGGAUAACAAGAAGUUAAUCCUAGACAAUAGCCGCUGGGAGAGACGCCUCCAGAAGGAACUGAUGUCUUUAAUAAAGGAACCCCCACCAGGAGUGUCAGUGGACGAAGAAAGCGUUAGUCAAAACCUUACUCAAUGGAUAAUAAACAUUGACGGUGUGGAAGGAACACUGUACGAGGGUGAACACUUUCAGUUGUUAUUCAAAUUCAACAAUAAGUAUCCGUUCGAUUCGCCGGAGGUUACGUUUAUAGGCUCAAAUAUUCCUAUUCAUCCUCACGUCUACUCGAACGGACACAUAUGUCUGUCGAUCCUAACGGAUGAUUGGUCACCAGCGUUGUCAGUACAAUCAGUGUGUCUUAGUAUAUCGUCUAUGUUGAGCAGCUGUCGAGAGAAGCGACGACCACCGGACAACGGUAUUUAUGUGAAGACGUGUAACAAAAAUCCUAAGAAAACCAAAUGGUGGUACCAUGACGAUUCCGUGUAGGAGGUAGCCCCAAGGCGGCGUAAUUGAUGCCCGACUGAAGGAUGCAAACAAGGACCGAUGUAUUCGUCGAUUCCAAAACUCUUUCUGUAUAAUUUUUCUCCAUGGUUUCGUAUCGGACGGUGAAACAACCGAUGUAACUCUUUAAAACAAACGUAUUCAUUAUCUCUCUAGCUAUUUUGGUUUGUUAAACUACUAAUUCUGUUAGUACACGUUUUGCAGUCUACAUCGCGGGAUAGAGCGUGCAAGUAGAAUAUAUAGUUUGCCUCGUCCAGAUCAUCUAUCAUUCUUGAUCCCUUCCAGACCGUACCAUACGGCUUGAAAUAUUGGCGUAUCGACACUCCACAAAACAUUAUUUGUCUGUAUGCGCAGAGGUCAAGAACAUCUUUAAUUUUCAUUCUUAGACACUUUACUUCUGAAGCACACGCACCGGCAGCUUCAGAAAAUGCUAAGCAUUGCAGCAGAGAUACGUCCUUUCGCAAAUAGGUAUAUAUAACAAUACAUAUAUAUAGAAAUGCUUUCGUUUGCUCCCACCUAUAUAAGCUAGCGUAGUAGAGAAUGUGAAAUAUAACAUUAAAACGAUCUUGCUAAAAGAUCGCCGAGAACAAGUGAUAUGAAAUGAAACAAAACGCAGAUGAGAAACAGAUAUAAAAACGAAAGCUACAUGCAACCAAACGGGUGUAUGUACAUAAACCGACGUUAUAGUGUGUCGAGAGGAGAAGGAAAACGAAAUCAAAUCAGAUGUCAGUCCAUUAAACGCGUAACACCGUAGUAUUGGUAAUAUAAAAACAAAACAAAAAAAACCCUCCUCCUGAAUGCGUAUAAUUAUAUUUUGAGUUCUAUUUAUUAUGCUCCAAUGUUUCUGGCUCAUCCGGUUCGAUAGAUGUUUGCAGAUCUAUCCUGACAAGAGGACAAAGAGAAACCAGUCAGUAAAGUUAGGAUUUAACGAUAACGUUUAGUUUUAACGACUAAUUAGUGGUACAACAAGGGAAGGGACUGUGGAAAAGCACUAUUAAUCAAAUGGUAUAGCUUAGCGUCAAUGGCAAAUACGGAUCUGUUUGUUGUCAUGCCUAAGGAACGAAACCCCUUUUUGCAAAUGGAUGCAAAUGCUCACGCAGCAAACAAAAACAAUACAAAGAAGAAAUGAUAAACUAUUUAGAUGAUUGUGUUCAAGAUUCCGUUUCUGUCGAGGGAGGGUAAUUUCGCUAUGAAGCAAAGCAAACUAUAAAUCCUAAAACGAAAAAAAAGAAAGGAUAACGAAAGCCGCAAAGAAGUACCGUAAGAAAGAUUAGAUAAAACGAAACAAAUACAACAAAUACACCAAAAAUAUCAAAAUUAAUCUGCUACAUUCCUUGAACUAGUUUCACUAGUAGACAGACCGCUGGCACGAAAAAGAGAAUACAACAAAAGCAUACCUAGAGCAAAACAAAAAUGGAUAACGAAGAAUUACUGCUAAAAUGAUGGUAUAAGCGUCGUUGUGUUACAUUUCACCUACCCGUUCAGGGCGAGUAGAGUGACGCAAAGAGGUUCACGUAGUAAUUAUAGUACGAAAUAAAAUGAUUAGAAGUAACUUGUGCCAGAGAUGGUGUGCAUGCGUUUUCACGUUCGUUGUCUAGUGUGUCCGCGCGAAUGUAUGUAUGUUGCUGUGUAUGUAUGUAUGUGGGAAAGUGCCAUGCCAUGGGGCACGAGAGUAGAGCGAGCGAAAAGGUUUACUUUCAGGCCGUACCACGAUCUCCGUCUGGUUCUGGUUUAAAACGCAUUGACAAGCAAGCAAGCAAUUCAAACUAGUAGAAAAUUUGAAAGGAAAAUAUUUGAAAUUAAUUAUACCCCGUGACCAUGAAACGUUUUCACUCACAAAUUCCACACCCGUUUACAGCAAGUUAAACAAACAGUGUAAACACCGGGAAGAUACAAAGUUAUUUCUCAAACGCGAGUUAAUUAAUGUUCUGCACAGUCCCCGCCGCAACGCAUGUGGUACUAAUAAAAAAAACAGUGAGCAAAUCGA